AUGUCGAGUCAACCUCUCCUUCAAACAGCUCCAGGCAAGCGCAUCGCGCUCCCAACCCGCGUAGAACCCAAAGUCUUUUUCGCCAAUGAGCGAACAUUUCUCUCAUGGCUUAAUUUCACCGUUAUCCUGGGAGGGCUGGCGGUGGGUCUGCUGAAUUUCGGGGACCGCGUUGGUCGCAUUUCCGCAGGGCUAUUCACCAUCAUUGCUAUGGCGUCUAUGAUCUACGCUCUUGUCACGUUCCACUGGCGUGCUCAAAGUAUUCGAAAGCGAGGACAGACGGGGAUCGAUGAUCGGUUUGGUCCGAGUGUGUUGACCGUGUCUCUGUUAGCGGCCGUGGUGGUGAAUUUUAUCCUACGGGUGAAAGAGUUCUAA